UAUUAAGAACAUCAAUCUCAAUUAACACUUUCUACUUAACCUUCUAAUUCAACACCUUCAUUUCUUCACAUAUGAUCUAGUAGUUCUAUCUUGAGGUAAUUCAAGAUGACUACCGCUCACAGACCCACCUUCGAUCCCGCACGUGGAAAAGAAGCUCUCCGAGGACCAGCCUACCACCAACGUCUCCUCCCAGCGCACACGAAGCUAAAGUUCCGUCAACCCGGCCAAGGAGGCGAUGCCGACGAGCCACGCGAUCUACGUGCUGAACUCCUCGCAGCUGAAGCCGCACACUUCGCGAAGCAGAACGGCGGUGCACUACCCGAUGCUGCCGAUGAGACAGAACCUACUACCAACGCCGCGAAGCGACCUCUAGAGUUGACAUCGCAAUCGGAUGGUGAUGGCGGAGGUGAAGAAGAUCCGGAGGCCAAACGGCGGCGCAUAUUAGAGGAGUCGCGUGAUAUAGACGCGGAUUCAGAAGAAGACGAGGAUGAUGAUGAUAGUGAAGAAGAUAGUGAUGACGACGAAGAUGAGGAGGCAGAGUUGCAACGGGAGCUUGAGAAGAUCAGGCGCGAGCGAGCAGAGAAACGUGAAAAGGAAGAACGAGAGAGAGCUGCGGCGGAAGAAGAGGAGCGAGAACGAGAUAUUGCGCUGGGCAAUCCGCUGUUGAAUCCUAAGAAUUUCAACAUGAGGCGAAGAUGGGACGACGAUGUCGUUUUCAAGAACCAGGCGAGAGGGACCGAAGACAAGGGCAAGAAAAAGGAGUUCAUCAACGAUCUUCUACGAUCGGAUUUCCACAAGCGAUUCAUGAACAAAUACGUAAGAUGAGAUGUACGACACAGGGAAUGUUACUUUGCUAGGAG